GGCUGAUGGCCCGCCUGCCAAAGUUUUCCAGGGCAGACCAGGGGAAGCCUACGGAGGAGCAGAGGAGGAAGAAGAGGAAGAGGAGGCCAGAAGAGAAGGAAGGAGAAGACUUGGAAAAGAUGGCUUGGCUCAAGCUCACCACGCCCCUCUUCUUGCUGGGGGCUCUGCUGGUUUGGCCGGCUUUCUGCCAACAGCCCCCCUGCGAGGUGGUCCGGAAGACGGUGCCACGGGGCUCCUUCCGGCUGGACGUGGAGCCCCGCGAUUAUACGCCCAAUAACGUCUAUACAGUAUCGAUCUCUGGUGCAGAAAACGCCUCUUCUGUGAUCUUGCAAACGGUGCCUUCGGACAACAGCGGUGAGGGGCUGUGGGAAGAGGAGAAGUGGCUGGUCCGUUGCGGCCCCUCGGAGACCAUCAUGAAGAAAAACAUCUCAGGGUCCGCCAUCCGGACCCGCUGGAUUUCCUCAAGCAACCUCAACGUUGGAUCGGCAGAAAUAAGAGCCUUCGUCACUUUUGCCAAUGGAACCACCCUGCUCCAGACCAGGACUUUGGCAAAAGGCGGGGCCAGCUCAAUGCCAUCGUCUUCCGUCGCCCGGCCAACCAGCAGCACCGGAAAUCCGACUCUUCUGAGCCACCCGAGUGAUGGUCACCACCACAUCAACGCCACCUCCUUCCACCAUAAUUUAGCGCCUUCCCAUCCAUCCACCAAAGGUCCGCACAGUUCGGUCUCGGUGACCCAAGCCAGCUCGUGCCUUCUCGCCAUGCUUCAGUUUCUUUCCAUCUCUCUGGGAUACAAGCUCCUGGCUUAAGCUCUGGCCCCAGGUUAUCAGGAGCCCCUGUCCAUCUUUGUGCACCACCAGAAUUUGAGAACUAAUGGACUGGUUUUCUUGGGAACCAAAUAUCCCUCCUGCAAAAUCCCCCUUCCUUCCCCGGCCCCCUUCCCAAUCUCUCUUUUCCGCUGAACUCAGAGGCCCAUACCAGAACCCACUUCGGCGUCUGUCUUGCCUCAAUCCAAAGAGAAAUGUCCUACUGCAGGGGUAUUAAACUCCAUUGCAUCGAGGGCUGCAUCAGCGUUGUAUUUGACCUCAGGGGGCCCGGGGUGGACGGGGCCAGCUCAACGUCACUCGUGUCGGAGUUGCCUGUAGGGGCCCAAGUGCUCUGCCAGCGAAAAUGGGCUCCUGAGCUCUGCUUCCGGCUGCGACAGCUUCCUGCAACGAAACGGAGCUUGGGAGGGCCACACGUGGCCUUCCCGAGCUCCGUUUCCAGCUGCAACGGCUGCCAACCCUCUGCCAGUGAAAACGGAGCUUGGGGGAGCCACGUGCAGCCCUGAUGAGCUCCCUUUUUGCUGGCAGAGUCGCCACGGGCUGGUUCUUCAUUGUUUCCAGGGUGGUCCUGCGGGCCAGAUCUAAGCACAGAGGCAGCUGCUGUUUUAAAUGUAUGUGACUACAAUCCAACCCACGGGCCUUGAGUUUGACACCCCUGUCCUACUGUAUGGUAAUUGGGGGAAGGAGGGGGAAUCCAGCCUCUGUUGUGUUUGCAACAGAGUCUCUGGCUUCAAAACAUAGCAGUGAACUCAAAUGUCAACCAAUGGCUGCCCCAAUUCAGCUGCGCAGAGACAGAUUGUCUAUUCACCUAACACUAAGACCGUUCCGGGACCCAAAAAUGCUAAGAGGCAGCUGUUGUUUUAAAUGUAUUUGAUUACAA